GCCACCCGCCAUUAAACAACAACAACAACAACAACAACAACAAGAGUUCAGCUGUGAUACGCUCCCUCCGCUUCAGUAACACUGCGACGGUCCCUCACCGCAGCUCCACCUUCACGUCACCGGAAAGACGCGUCAGAGUUGACGGUCCCUAAACUUUCUGAUGAAAUCUCCGAAGAAGAAGCGACGAAGAAAAGAACCGAGCCGAACCGAGCCGAACCCGAGACAAGACGAUCUAAAAGGAUCCGAACCAGGACCGGGGAGACUUUAACCCACAUGUAGACUCACAUCCUCCGGGUUCAACCUCUGAGAUCUGUCGCUGUGUGCGGAACUAACCGUCAGCUAGCUGCUAAGCUAACCUGCUGCUAAGCUAACCCGCUAACUGCACCGGCUCUACAGAAUCCGACUCGAUGGAUCCGGUUCCGUACUCAGACCUGGUUCUGUCCUCGGAUCGGGACUCGACCGUGUUCAGCUUCAAUUUCUGUUCCAAACUGUCCACGAGGAAGAAGUCCAACCACCGCGGGCCAACAGGCGCCGACACCGCGGAGCCCGCCCGGCUGACGGCUCGUGUUUCCUGGGUUCUCGGUGGUCGUGGAGUCGGUGUGUGUGAGAGUCAGUGAAGAGGAAAGAUCCAUGAAAGACUCAGAGACUUUUAAAGUGUUCAAGUUUUAAAGUGUUAACGUUUUAAAGUGUUAACGUUUUAAAGUGUUAAAGUGUUAAAGUGUGUGAAGCUGCUGCUGAGACCCGGAGCUGAGUCUGAGACCAGAACCCGGACCAGGACCAGGACCAGGACCCGUCCCUGACUCUGUCACUUUUAUAUUUUACACUUUUAACGUCAGCGACAUGUUCAAGAAUAUGACGGAUGACGGACAUUUAUCCAGCGGGCAGAGCUCGUCCUCUCCGGCCGGGCACGGUGUCACGUCAGUCGGCCUUGUCAGUCAGGAAAGCUCGUGGAUCGGCCUGCUCUCCGUGGUGUCAAGGCCCGCGCUGUCAUUUGUGCAGAGAUACCUCCCCGGUCGGACCCCGGCCCCGGACCGGGCCCCGGACCGGGCCCCGGGCCCCCGGUGGAGCGGGGCCGCUUCUCAGAGCCGCUUCACUGACGAAGAAAGAGACUUUUUCAAACAGCUGGAGCACGUGAUGCCGUUAACGCAGCACGCGGCCGCACACCUGACCGACAUGCGGUGUCAGCAGGACGGGGCCGCGGGGCCGCUGGAGCCCGGACGCGGCUCCGCUCCACCGUGGCUGACCGCCGCGUCUCUGCGGGACUUGGGCAUCGAAGACACAGAAGAGCUGAACCUGAGUCCGCACACCCGGGUCGGGUAUUUGUCCUCUUUCAGGACUUUUCUGAGCCAUGUUCUGAUGAACCCGGUGUCAGCUCAGGAAGUUAAACCCAGGGGGGGGGCGGACUGGUUGAGGGGCAGUAAAGGGGGGACGUGGUGGGGCAGUUUGUGGGGGGGUGAGGACAUUUCACAGAGAGCUUUGUCCUGGACUGAGGACCAGAUGGAGACAAACCAACUCUGUCCACAACAACCAGGGACAAAUCCCCCCCCUGCAGAAACAACCCGAGCGUUUGUUCAGAGCGGCAGCGAGGAAUCGACUCUGGGAGAAAACACUGGAGCAACUGAGCACAAAGAGGAGCAGCCUGACAAUGGAGGUCUUCACACAGUCCAGAACCCAGAGGGGUCCACGCCAGACCUCAGCAUCAGCAACACCCUCAGCAGCCCAGGAGGCGGCGCCUGCAGCGAGUCACCACUUCUGACCCCUGAUCAGGACAAUGGUUACUCCAGUCUUGAGGAGGAACACUUCCUGUUGAAGAACUUGAGUGAAGAGACACUACCGACAGAAAACUGUGUGACCGCGAUGCAGGACGAGUUGUCUGAGGAAACAUCGGAGAACACAGACGAGGACAAACAACAACACUCAGCUGAUGAGGGUCAGUCCGCGGACAAUAUGGCGCCCUCCGCCCCCGAGUGCCAGAACAAAGCCAUCGCCUUCAUCAUGGGCUGCCCCUGCAGCGACGACGACGACAGCAGCCUAUCAGAGUCCAGUGAUGAUGAUGAUGAUGAUGAUGAUGGAUUUGACAGCGAGGGGUCGUCUGACCUGUCCGACUCGACUGAUGAAGACUCGGACUCGGACAGCGAGGUCGACUCGGAGUCUGAGCGUCUCUGGAACUCUUUGUGCCAAAGUGUGGACCCGUACAACCCCCGAAGCUUCAGCGCCCAGCUACACAGCACGCAGCCCAGGACCAUUCCCACUGCCACACCCCCCUCUUCCCCAACCGCCUCACCUCCCCUCCCCUCCUCCUCCCCUCUGUCCGGCCUCGACGUCUGGGACGACUCGACCUCGGCGAGCGAGGCCGACGAGGUUGAGAGCAUCCGUCUGUUGAGCUCCUUCAGCUGCACGUCCGACCCCUACAGCCCUUUUAACUUCCAGGCCCCAAUCAGGACAAAAGGGCCAAACAAGGUGGCUCCAGAGGCCCGGGCCAAGAGGGCCCCCCAGACCCCCCCACACUCCCCCCACCACAAAACAGCUUCUCCUCCUGAAUACAGGAAAGACGAGGCCGAGGAGCGUCUGGACAGCGGCUUCUCUGAGCCCACCGCCCCUGCCCCGACCACCUCCUCUUCCUCCUCCACUUCUCAGAGCGCUGCUUCAACCAAAAAGGUUCGUUUCUGUGACCAAGUGGAGGAGUUCUUCCUCGGCUGUGAGGAGGACCGCCGGAGCCCCUGGGAGCAGUUGGCCCGGGACCGCUGGCGAUUCCUGCGACGCUGUGAGGAGGUGGAGCAGAGCAUCAGCUUCUGCCUGCAGCCGCAACACCGCCGGCUGGUGUACCGCCGCCUCGUCGUCCUCCAGGUCCAGGACACCCUAACCCUCCACAUCCAGAAUGAAGACAUACUUGAACGCAUCUCAAACUGAUUAAAUGAAAAGCUGCACUUGUUGAUGAGAAACAAACAUUGUCAUCAUACUGACGAGAGACAGAGACUCAAAGACUCAAAGACACAAAGACACAGACUUAGAUCCGUUGAUCUCUUCACUGAGUCGAGUCCUCGUCUGUUAUUCUGCAGCUUCAUCAACUAAUAAAUUGAGAUUCAGGGAAACUUUCUGACAAACGUAUUCAAUAAACCUUAGAGGUGCCGGUGAGGUGCUGGUGAGUUGGAAGCUUUCUGACUGUCCUCAUCAGUGAAAAUGUUUUCAGUGUUUAGUUUCAGACGUCCUCAGUAUCUCUGCUGUUUUCAUCAUGAACGAAGAGAAACUGAGAAACAGAUUCAGGAUUAAUCAGAGACACAGAAUCGUUGAUCUCAUUAUUGAUGAGUUUAAUUUCUGAUCAGUUUUUUUUUAAUGUGACGUCUUCAAACGUCUUGAUUUGUCUUAAACAAAAACUUCAACUUUUUAAAUCGAUCAUUGAUCAGAAAUAAAUUGAUCAACUUCUCUGUGACUCAGGAGUCAAACUGCAGCUGGACUUUGAAUCUUUUAAUCUUUGCAGCUCAGUUUGUUUUAGUUUCGUCUCUGAAGCCAAAGAUAAACAGUUGUCAUGUGACAGGAAGAGGAAGUUGAAUCUGCAUGAACUUCAUUGAGGAUUUAUCAGACUCUAAUCACUGAUAAUCAAUACACCUGAUUGGUGUGAUGUUCACCACUGGAAUAAAAAGUAAAGAAUGGUC